GACAAUUCUCUCAUGCUCCUCUGCUUACACCAGCUCUUACCAAAACACCACACGAACUACUUCUCGACCGCAGCAGCCAUUCCUCUUCGUCUCCCUACACCUCUGCCGAAACAAUGCAAGUCCUUGGCCGACGCCAAGCGCCUCCAUCAGCAUGUUCUGGUGCGAGGCCAUCUCCUAGAGACGGUCUCCGAUAUCGUCACCUCCUACAUCGCUUGCAACUCUCCCUCCCUCGCCUUCGAGGUGCUGCAGGGACUGCCCCCCUCAGCGAGCAACGUUUUCUUGUGGAACAUGCUCAUCCGGCGCAGCGUGCAUCUGGGUUUUCUCUGCGAUGUGCUUAGUCUAUUCCGCCAAAUGCGCAGACUCCGGUGGAGCCCCGACUGCUACACCUUCCCUUUCGUUCUCAAGGCCUGCGGCGAGCUCCCCUCGUUCCGGCGAGGUGGGUCCGUGCACGGCGCCGUUUGCGUUGGUGGGUUUGAGUCCAAUGUGUUUGUUUGUAACGCCCUCGUGGCGAUGUACGGGCGGUGUGGGGCGUUGGACGAUGCGCGCCAGAUGUUCGACGAAUUGUCGCAGAGAGGCAUUGGCGAUGUGGUUUCGUGGAAUUCGAUUAUGGCUUCUUAUUUGCAGAGCGGUGAUUCGAAGAGGGCGUUGGAGAUGUUUGAUCGUAUGACUGAUAAUUUGGGACUGCGCCCGGAUGCCGUUAGUCUUGUGAAUGUCCUUCCUGCUUGUGCUUCGGAAGGUGCGUGGCUGCGAGGUAAGCAAAUUCACGGUUAUGCAGUUCGGGGUGGGCUGUUUGAGGAUGUCUUCGUGGGUAAUGCUGUAGUCGACAUGUAUGCUAAGUGUGAGAUGAUGGAGGAAGCAAACAAGGUCUUUGAGCGGAUGAAGGUUAAGGAUGUGGUUUCUUGGAAUGCUAUGGUUACUGGGUACUCGCAAGUUGGUAGGUUUGAGGAUGCUUUUGAGCUUUUUGAAAGAAUGCAGGAGGAGCAGAUUGAGCUGAAUGUAGUUACAUGGAGUGCUGUGAUUGCUGGGUAUGCUCAGAGGGGACUUGGAUACAAGGCACUGGAUGCAUUUCGUAGAAUGCAGCUUUGUGGGUUGGAACCAAAUGUGGUUACUUUUGUUUCGCUUCUUUCAGGUUGUGCUUCGGUAGGGGCAUUGGUUCAGGGGAAGGAAGCACACUGUUAUGCCAUCAAAUGGAUGCUGAACUUAGAAGGGGUUGAUCCUGGGGAUGAUCUCAUGGUAAACAAUGGUCUGAUUGACAUGUAUGCUAAGUGCAAGGGUGCAAAAAUUGCUCGUUUGAUGUUUGAUUCUAUUGCAUCAAAGAAUGGGAAUGUUGUGACUUGGACUGUCAUGAUUGGUGGGUAUGCCCAGCAUGGCGAAGCAAAUGAUGCAUUGCAACUUUUCUCAGAGAUGCUGCAGCAAGGCAACUCUAUACGACCAAAUGCUUUCACUAUAUCUUGUGCUCUGGUGGCUUGCGCUCGUCUUGGUGCACUUAGAUUUGGUAGACAAAUUCAUGCUUAUGUAUUGCGCAAUAGAUAUGAGUCUGUAAUGUUAUUCAUCACCAAUUGCCUCAUAGACAUGUAUUCCAAAUCGGGAGAUGUUGAUGCUGCUCAAGUUGUAUUUGACAAUAUGCACUGGAGAAAUGCUGUCUCUUGGACAUCCCUAAUGACUGGUUAUGGGAUGCAUGGCUGUGGUGAAGAAGCUCUCCAGAUUUUUGACAACAUGAGGAGAGCGGGUCUGGUACCCGAUGGUGUUACUUUUCUUGUUGUGCUCUAUGCUUGCAGCCAUUCUGGAAUGGUUGAUCAGGGAAUCAAAUACUUCCAGAACAUGAGUAAGGAAUUUGGGGUGGUUGCUGGGGUAGAACACUAUGCUUGCAUGGUUGACCUCUUGGGUCGUGCGGGUCGCUUGAAUGAAGCUAUUGAACUCAUCAAAGGAAUGCCUAUGGAACCCAGCCCUAUAGUUUGGGUGGCAUUACUGAGUGCUUGUAGGAUACAUGCUAAUGUCGAACUUGGAGAAUUUGCUGCUGACAAUUUAAAGAAAUUAGAGUCGCAGAAUGAUGGUACAUAUACACUUCUUUCUAACCUAUAUGCCAAUGCCAGGCGUUGGAAAGAUGUUGCCAGGAUCAGAUCUUUGAUGAAACAUACAGGGAUUAAGAAGAGACCAGGUUGCAGUUGGAUCCAAGGUAAGAAGGGAACUACAACCUUUUUUGUGGGGGACAGGUCUCAUCCGCGGUCUCAACAAGUAUAUGAAGUUCUUGCAGACUUGAUUCAACGCAUCAAAGCUAUUGGAUAUGUCCCUGAGGUGAGCUUUGCUCUGCACGAUGUGGAUGAUGAGGAGAAAGGUGAUCUUCUUUUUGAGCAUAGUGAGAAGUUGGCUCUCGCCUAUGGUAUCCUCACUACGGCCCCAGGGGCACCAAUUCGGAUCACCAAGAACCUGCGUGUCUGUGGUGAUUGCCAUAGUGCCAUUACCUAUAUAUCCAAGAUCAUUCAACAUGAAAUCAUAAUAAGGGAUUCAAGUCGCUUCCAUCAUUUCAAGAAUGGGUCAUGCUCUUGCAGAGGCUAUUGGUGAUGAUAUAUAACUGCAUAUCCGCUUGAAUAAUUGGUUACUGUGUGUGAGAGGGGGGGGGGGGGGGUGUGGAGGGAGCCCAACUUGCAAUUAAGGGGCAAGCUAGAAGGAUAGUCACUACAGCACCUCAACAGGAUCUACCUUCCUGUAGAGCAAUUAAAUUCAAUUUUAGACGGUUCUGCAGUUGACAAGCCCAGGCUUGGGGAAUUGAUACGGUACUCAUGGAUCACAGAUCACAUUGUGGAUAUUUUCAGAGGCAAUAGGUUGUACAAAAUUCAAAUACCACGGAGGUUUUGGCAAUUAGCAGGGCUUUGGAGUUAUUUGCAGCAUAUGAAUUUGUGCUGGAAAAAAACUACCAAAUGUUGAAACUUUAAAAGUAUUUCAUGUUUUGCCUUUUCUUGGAUUACAAAUGCAGCAAAAAGAUUGUGGAAGAUGAGAGGGAUUUUUAACUCCAUUGCAAAUCUCAGUACAAGAGUAGGGGAUGAAUCAUUUGUACGUGCAAUGAGGGAGAGGAAUUUUCUUGUAGAUAGCUUGAUGAGAAUGAUUGUUCACAGAAAUAGUCCACUGAAGCAUGGAUUUAAUGGGACACUCAGGGGAUUCUGUUUCAAAUGCUGCUGAGAUGCCAAGUAAGGGAUUCUUGACAAAGAUGGUGGCGAAUGAAACCUUUGUAUACGGCUGCUUGGUGGUAAUUGGUUUAAGGGUGUUGAAUUUUGUCUCUCUUGCAGUUAGUGCUGAUUAAAAUAAAGAUGUUUGGGAGUUGAGGGAAUUGGUUUCUAGAAGUUAGGGGUGAGCAUAAUUUGGUUAAAACCGAAUUAACCGAGUAAAUUCGGUUAGUUCGGUUCAGUUAGAAAUUUAUUCAGUUCGGUUUGAUUUUCA